AUGCCUCCUUCUGUCGAAUUACCGAGAUGGCUUCAGGCGGCCCAUUCGCCUGAGCAUCUCACUUCGGUUGUCACGGCCUUGACCAAUCGCGAACGCCUGAGAGCCUCCGCUCGGACCGCUUCCAAGCACAAGUCGCAUUCCUCCAAAGUGCAUCGGGCCUCCUUCGGUGCCUCAUCUUCCCUCCUCACCAAAUCUGCACAUGUCAAUCACUACUCCGUAUCGGUGGGAAACCGUCCGGAAAACAAGACGGGCAAUCGCUACGCUGAUAUUGAGCCCUAUGACCGAACCAGGGUGGUUAUAGAUGAGCAACUGGAGAUGGGUAGCGGGGCGACCAGCAGGAAGGGAAGAUAUUUGAACGCGAACUGGGUUCGUGAGCUGGCGGGUGGGAAGUGGUGGAUCGCGACUCAAGCUCCACUACCGCAUACGGCGCAUGCCUUCCUGUCUGUCAUAUUACAGCCCACUACUCGACCGCCACACGACCUACUGCAUCCUCUCGAGUCCAAUUCCCACCCGGAGACUGAUGAGCGGCCCAGCCGUGUUCGGACUGUCGUCCAACUCACGCAGAACUUCGAAAGUGGGCACCAGAAAGCCCAUGUAUAUUUCCCUCCUCUUCCAGGUCAAUCCUGGGUUAUGUACCCAGAACCUGGGUGUACAGCUCCACCUAUCAAGGUGACUCUGAUAUCCACGAAGACCAUCGAUGAGGCGCAAUCCUUACAGAGCACGGUGUCCAUUAUUCCUGUGGGAGUACCUGCCGAUCAAGAGCCUAUCAUUUUCCAGCAUAUGCUGUUCGGUGCUUGGCCCGAUCACGGGGUACCGGAGGGCGAAGACAAGCUGGCACUGCUACGGUUUACGAAGUGGGUCGAUACCGUGAACAAGGAUUUGAGUCUGCAGCCGAGCCACUCCGGUGUUGACCUCGACCCCGAUCCUCCCAUCAUGGUCAACUGCUCUGCGGGUAUUGGCAGAACGGGAGCCUUCAUUGCUUGCUCAUCCCUCCUGCGCUACUUUGGAUUCCUCGGUGGGCCUGCUCGGGAGUCUAGAGAAUUUCAUCCAGUGAACCCUUCGCCACUGGGACCUCUACCUUCCGACAUCGCCGACGAUAUCGUUGCACAAGAAAUCGAUUCCUUGAGAGAGCAGAGACCGGGAAUGGUCCAACGUCCUGAGCAGAUUCUGCUCGUGUACGAGUUAGUCGAGGGAGCUCUUUCAGGAGUUCAGUGA